AUGCUGCAGCAGCUGCUGCAGCUGCUGCAGCCAGCAGCAGCAGCAGCAGCAGCAGCAGCAGCAACAGAAGCAACAGAAGCAGCAGCAGCAGCAGAGGGUUCUGCUUCAGGCGGUAGCGACAGCGAAGACAGCAGCAGCAGCGGCAGCAGCAGCAGCAGCAGCAGCAGCAGGAGCAGCAGCAGGAGCAGAAGCAGCGACGAUGAAACAAAUAAUAAAAUAAAAAAAGAAAAUAAAGAAAAAGAAAAAACAAAUUGCAGCAGCAGCAGCAGCAGCAGCAAAAAAAAUAAAACAAAGACAGACACACAAACAAAAGAUACAAAUAUAAACACACAAGCACCCGUUGCUGCUGCUGCUGCUGAUGCAGCUGCGGCUGCUGCUGAUGCUGCUGCUGCUGAUCCUGCUGCUGCUGCGGUUACCACAGCAGCAGCAGCAGCAGCAGCAGCAGCAACGGUUGAUCCAGUUGCUGCAGAGGCAGCAGCAGAUAUGAAGGCAGCAGCAGAUAGCGACGCCACAGCAGCAGCAGCAGCAGCAGCAGCAGCAGCAGCAGCAGCAGAAGCAGCAACUGCAGCAACAACAGAGAGAGACGGCUCUUCUUCAGGCGCAGGCAGCGAGGAGGGGAAUGCAGCAGCAGCAGCAACAGCAGCAGCAGCAGCAGCUGCUGCUGCUGCUGCUGCUGUAGACGACAAAGGGGCGCACCAGCUGUCUCCUGUGAACAGCUGGACGCCCCCUGCAGCAGCAGCAGCAGCAGCAACAGCAGCAGCAGCAACAGCAACAGCAGCAGCAGCAGCAGCAGCAGCGCAGCAGCAGCAGCAACAGCAGCAGCAGCAACAGCAACAGCAGCAGCAGCAGCAGCAGCAGCAGCAACAGAGAGAGCAGCCGCAGAGCAGUGCGGUCUAUCCAGUAGCAGAUGCUGCAGCAGGAGAAACUGCUGCAGCAGCAGAAGACGCAGCAGCAGCAGCAAGAGACGCAGCAGCGGAAGCAGCAGCAGAAACACCAGCAGCAGCAGCAGCAGCAGCAGCAGCAGCAACGGUAGCAGCAACGGUAGCAUCAACGGAAGAGCAGCAAAUAGCUGCAUCAGCAGCAGCAGCAGGGCAGAAGCAGGAUGCUGCUGCAGCAGAGUCAAUAUACAAUGCUGCAGGAACAGCAGCAGCAACAGCAGCAGCUGCAGCAGCAGCAGCAGCAGCAGCAGAGAAAGCAGCAGCAGAAGAGACAGCAGCAGCAGAAGCUGCAGCAGAAGUAUCAGCAGCAGCAGCAGCAGCGCCUGCAGCAGCACCAUCCCCUGCCUCAGCAGCAGAAGAGGAGGCUGCUGCUGCUGUUGCUGCUGCUGCUGCUGCCGCUGCUGCUGCUGCUGCUGCAGUGUCGCCUGCUGCGGAAGCAGUAGUAGAUGAACUAGCAGCAGCAGAUGCAGCAGCAGCAGAUGCAGCGCUGCAGCAGAAGUAUCAGCAGCAGCAGCAGCAGCGCCUGCAGCAGCACCAUCCCCUGCCUGCAGCAGAAGUAUCAGCAGCAGCAGCAGCAGCGCCUGCAGCAGCACCAUCCCCUGCCUCAGCAGCAGAUGCAGCAGCAGCAGCAGAUGCAGCAGCAGCAGAUGCAGCAGCAGCAGAGGAAGCAGGAGCAGUAGCAACAGAGACAGCAGCAGCAGAAGCAGAAGAAGCAGAAGCAGCAGCAGCAUCUGCUGCUGCUGCUGCUGCUGCUGCUGCUGCUGCUGCAGCUGCAGCUGCAGCUGCUGCUGAGGAUAUGUAG